UUCCUCAUUCACCGCGCGGCUCGGUGCCCUUCAGUGGCGGCGGCUCUGGAGCUUCUCACACCGCCGAGGGAAGCGCUCAGCCCGGGCCUGGUGUCUGCGCUGCCUCGCCUCGCCUGUUUUCGCUGGUCGGCACAGGAGGGUGCGCGCCGGGGGUUUGGGUGGAGUUCGUGGCCCAUCUGAGGAAUGUGACGCACCGACGGGAAAGGAGACACAUCGGCCGUUUCACCGUCGGUAGAAAGACAAGAUAACAGACGAGCUCUGCUGCACAGUUAGGAGGUUCAGAUUUCUCCUCCCUUACCUCUCCUCACCUCUGAGCCCUGACCUUUGACCCCACACCUUUCUCCAACCAUGGCACACCGAUCUCAGAGUUCAUCAAUCGGUGAUAACCCCCUUGACCCAAACUACCUGCCUCCACAUUACCGUGAGGAGUACCGCCUAGCUAUUGAUGCUCUGAUAGAAAAUGACACACAGGGCUACUAUGAAUUCCUCCAGGCCGCAGAUGUGGUCAGUUUCUUGGCCCAACCAGAAAUUGAAUUUAUCAAGUCCACAAUCCAGACUCCCAAGCGGGCAUCCAGCGUCCUAGAGCUGACAUACCAUGAGGGAGGUCAGGAGGCUGAUGGCUCCUCCGACACCUACUGGCCGGUACAGUCCGACCUGGCUGCCCCGGGGCUGGAUCUGGGCUGGCCGCUGGCACAGCACAGCUUCCUUGGGCCCACAGAGGUCACCACUCUGGUAAACCCCUCCGACCCAGACAUGCCAAGCAUCAAGGAGCAGGCCAGGAGACUCAUCAAGAAUGCACGCCAAGUUAUUGCAGUAGUGAUGGACACGUUCACAGAUGUUGACAUUUUUGCUGACCUCUUGGAUGCAGCAGCACGCCAUGUUCCUGUCUACAUUCUACUGGAUGAGCAGGAAGUCCAUCACUUUGUCUCUAUGGUCAUCAACUGCAAAGUCAACUUGGACUUAAUUCCUAUGAUGCGUGUCAGGACCGUGGUAGGAAUAACCUAUUAUUCCCGGACGGGGAAAUCAUUUAAGGGGCAGGUGAAAGAUCGUUUCCUAUUAGCUGACUGCAGGGCUGUGCUCAGUGGCAACUACAGUUUCAUGUGGUCCUAUGAGAAGAUCCACCGCUGCAUUGCCCACCUCUUUCUCGGGGAGCUGGUUGCCACCUUUGAUGAAGAGUUUCGCAUUCUCUUUGCUCAGUCCGAGCCACUAGUAAUUGAUCCAUCUGAUGGAGCGGUUGCCCUCUCUGACACCAGCAGCACCAGCAGUUACUUUAGCAACCAGUUUGGUAUGAAGAGGACCCAGUCUUUGCGUAACCCCAUAGGUUACCGCAGGCCUGAGAUUACCUCUGCCUUCCCCUAUGGAGAUUCAGAGCGCAAUCUGGCACUUCCUUUCCGGAGGAACGACCCAUUUCGUCACACCGUUGAACCUGGGGCAGGAAUUACAAUUGGAAAGUAUUCCCAGCAACAGUUUCGUCUGCAGCAGUCGUUCAUGGAGCAGGGAAGGUCCAUAGUUUCCCGGCAGAUGGAGAUGAGUGCCUACAAGAGGCACAGCUAUGCAGAGGGAACCCAGGAAAACUACUCAUCUUCGAGGCAAUACAUGAAGCACAGAGUCAUGAAUAAUCUGGAUGAGACAGACUUCCACAGGGAGCAGAUCCAAAGUAGCCAUUACUACAGUGAAGGGCCUGGGUCGGGUUCUGGCCACGGACACUACGACAGACUUCAAGGUCGUCCUUCACACCUCUCCAUUGACCAGUAUUCAGAGUCAAGUUUUCGCUCAGAUCAGGAGCCUCCACCUGGAGACUACGGCCCCAACUGUUUCUCAUCUGAGGACUUGAGAGGUCCUGAGGGGCACCAGGCACAUCCGUUAGCUGGGAGGUAUGGAGGAGAUUCCUCCCAUAAGAGGCCCAGCAUUGGUCAAGCAUAUGCCUGUCAGAGCUCACCUACACAGCUCCACCCCACCCAAGAAAAGAAACAGUUCCCUAAACAAUCUGAUAAAGAGCAUGAUCAAGACGCAGAUGCUAGGCAAGGCCUGAGGAGUUGGAGAAUCCACUCCUAUCUCAGCACUUAUGAGGAAAGUGGAGAAGAAGGUCUGAAUCAGCCUAUGGGGUCUGAUGCAUUUGAAGAUCCUCCACCGUCUCAGCAGCCAACAGCCACUGGGAGUUCAGCUCCCCGCUUUGGAGUAAAGGAGGCACCAAAUGUUCCCCCCAAACCCAGACCAGAUAUUCUCAGACCACGAUUUGGAAAACCAAGGGUACCUGAGAGCACCAGUAAAGACUCUGCCCCAACAACCAAGGAUUGGCCUCCGUCAGUCAGUGACUUAAAGCCAGUUUUACCAGAGAAAAAUGAGAUGGAGGUGGCAAAGGAAAAGGAGAAAGAGACAGACAGGGGUGCAGCCAGGGAGGUGGGUGUGGAUGUGGAAGCAAAAGAGGCUCCAGAUCUCUUCCUGUCCAAACAUGACUCAUUCCGUUCACGUAUUAACCCACUCCUUCAGCGUAGUUCUCGUCUGCGCUCCUCGCUCAUUUUCUCAUCUUCCAAGGCUGAGAUUCACAGUAGCAGCCUGGGCCUAAAACCAGCCACAGAGGAAGAUGAUCAGUUAGACUCAGUACGCACUUCCUCGAUUGUGGCCCAGAUCCUAGAGAAGAGGAGGGCUCGUGAGCCUUUUGAGUGGAGAAAGAAGGCUGAGGAAAAAGAUAGUGAGACACAAAAAGAGAAAGAACAAGAAGAAAAAGAGAAGGAGAAAGAGCCACAGCAAGAGGAAAGGGAGAUUAAAUUGAAAGAUGAGAAUAAAGUAAAAGAGGAGCCUCAAAAAUUGAAUGAACAGGUAAAUAUAACGCCAGCUGUCGAGAAAUCUGAAGUCACAACAUCAUCCUCACUGAACAUGAAUGACCCAGCCAGUCGACUGCAGUAUUUCAAAGAUCUGGCUUCCAAGAGAAAAGCCUCAAAAAUGGGAACAGAGUCAUCGCUAAAAGGCCCAGAGCCUGCUGAAAAAAAGCCAGACCUUUCUGAUAAACCUUCCCUAAACCCUGCGAUGACUCCGAAGAUCGAAACUGUCCCCGUUAGUCCGGUGGAAAGUGAACCAAAGAAGCCAGACAUCUCUGCGAAACUGGCAGAGCUCAGUCGCAGACCUUCAGUUAGUUCCUCAAAACCACCCAUAAGCUCUGCCAAGCCUUCUGUGAGCCACCUAAAGCCAUCAGAGACAACUCAAACUCAUAAAGAGGAGAACGUGUCAGAGGGUCAAAAGAAGGAUAUUUUCAAGUCUCUGAGGCCCCUUCCUUCGCCUAAGAUCUUCAGGAGGGAUCCGUUGAAGCUCAAAGGACUGAAUCCCAGACGUGUCUCCUGUGAUGAGGAGAUUCUGACCACAGACGCUACAGAUGCAGAGAAGAGUGAACUGAAAAAGAGCCGCUCUCAUAGUUCUUCAGCUAUGCCACGUGAGGACUUUAAGGAAGGACCGCAAAAAGUUAUGGGAUCUAACACAUCCAUCAACACGCUUGGUGAGGGAAAGGGUGAGGGUAAGACACUCGACUUCUUAAAGAAGCAGACUCAGAGGCUGAAGGGAUUCCUUGGGCCCAAGGAUAAAGAAAAGAAAUCUUCAGGAGAUGACAGGGGCAUGAGCACAGUCAGAGAGGUCACUGGAGAUUCAAGCAAAAAGCAGAGUUCAUCAGCUAAAGAUGCAGGACCUACCACAACCGACCAAACUACAGCCAAUCACAAGACAUCAACCGGCCUGUCAGGCCCGUCUCGAUACCAGGCCCCAGGCAGCUCCGUGCUGUUCAGUAGUAACCUACGGGAUGACACCAAAGUCAUUCUAGAGCAGAUCUCGGCAAACAGCCAGAAGAGCCGACUGGAGCGUGAAGAAACGGGAGGGGACAAAGAUAACGCCGCCGAGGGGAACGCGCUGGAGAGACAGAACUCCAUAAAAAUUCACCGAUUUCUGCGACCGCAGGGCAACGUCCAGGAGCGGGAGGGACUGCUGAAGAGGAUAGAGAGUUUGAGGAAGGAGAAGAAGGUCUACAGCCGCUUUGAGAUGGGGAAUAACCUGGGGUAAUGAAAGAUGGAGGAUCGACCUUUUAUAUGGAAACUAUUUAUGCAAGAUGAUCAAAAAGACCCAUUGCCCCUAUGUGCCAACGACACUGUCAAAGUACCUCUGUGGCUCUACACUGCAGCCUUUCCUGGAUUUUCAUACGAAGUAAUAAAACUUGAAAAGACAAUAUAUAAAAAUGCUGAAAACAAACUAAAGUCGUUGAGUUUGGAAUGUGCCUGUUUGCCAAGACCUGGUACCACUUUUACCUUAUAUGGUGAGUGAGAGAAAGAAGAGUGCCUCUGCUUGCUACUGGUUUCAUGGCCUGAUGUUUCACCGAACAGAAAAAGGUAGGGCAGCGUACCUAUAAAUGAGCUUGUAUGAACGUGACUGAGGGAUAAGAGAAAGACAGUACAUAUUGCACCUGAGGGAGUCAAGAAAAUGGAUACAUGCCAGUUACAAAACCUGGUAAUCUAUGACUGCACUUGUAUACUAGCAGUGAUGUGUGUUUCUGCAAGUCUCUGGCUGAAUCCAAAUGACCCCCUAUGGAAAAUUUCUGGGGGCACCACUGCUGGGCUUGUGGACUGAGUCCUUGCGGACUUCAGUUGUCCGUAUGAGACAUGAUGCAAGAAGCAAACUGCAAGGCUAUAUAAACCAAUGAUAGACAGGCCUACACACUACAAUAAUAAUGCAUAUAACACAUUUCAAUGACCCCUAAGCCUAUACUUAUAUUUCUGUGUCACAAUGUGGUUAAAUAUUAUUUCUCACCCACAUGAUGCAAGAAAGGUUCUAAUAAAUAAUUGGUUUACACAUUCAUAAUAAGUUAUUUUUGUUUUUUUAGUAGGCAUUUAAGUAUGGGAGAUUAAAUCCUCCUGCACCACAGUCUGCACCACAAGCAGACUCUCUGGAAGUCUCCAGGAAGUCUGCUUGAAGCCUCUUGUGGACAGAGAGUCCGGGAGUCUGCCAUAGUGGUGAAGACCAUUCAUUUGGAUUCAGCCUUUGUGUUGCUGGGACUUGUCUGAGAGGGAAGAAAAGCAUCCUUGUGGAUUUAUCGUGUGCCAAAUGGCCCACCAGGGGCAUUACCAAAGCUAGAAGGACUAUUAUUGACCCAGACCAGAAA